CUGUCCAAUAAAACUGCUGGUGCUAACAAAGUACUUCUGAGUCAAUUCAAAUUUUCUGUCGAGCAACUGCAGGCUAGAAGGGGAAAUGCCACCUCUCUGAUAGACAACCCUCCUGAAGAAAACGGAGCGACUUGUCAUUGCUUUAUAGACUAUAAGAAGAGAACAUCUCAGAAGUGGAGUCUCAUCUGAAAUCAAAGGAGUUAAAGAAAAAGUGGAAUUUUUCUUCAGCAAGUUGUGAAACUAAAUCCACAACUUUUGGAGACCCAGGAACACCCUCCAAUCUCUGUGUGUUUUGUUAACAUCACUGGAGAAUCCUCUAGGCCGGCAAUUGGAUUGUCACCACCCUGCCUGUUUUGUGCCUGGGAAGUGCCCUGGUCUUACUUGGCUCCAAAUUGUUGGCUUUCACUUUUGACCCUAAGCAUCUGAAGCUAUGGGCCACACAUGGAGGCAGGGAAUAUCACCAUCCAAGUGUCCAUACCUCAAGUUCUUUCAGCUCUUGGUGCUGGCUAGUCUUUCUCAUUUCUGUUCAGGUAUUAUCCACGUGACCAAGGAAGUGAAAGAAGUGGCAACGCUGUCCUGUGGUCACAAUGUUUCUGUUGAAGAGCUGGCACAAACUCGCAUCUACUGGCAAAAGGAGAAGAAAAUGGUGCUGACUAUGAUGUCUGGGGACAUGAAUAUAUGGCCCGAGUACAAGAACCGGACCAUCUUUGAUAUCACUAAUAACCUCUCCAUUGUGAUUCUGGCUCUGCGCCCAUCUGACAAGGGCACAUACGAGUGUGUUGUUCUGAAGUAUGAAAAAGAUGCUUUCAAGCGGGAACACUUGGCUGAAGUGAUGUUAUCCGUCAAAGCUGACUUCCCUACACCUAGUAUAACUGACUUUGAAAUUCUACCUUCUAACAUUAGAAGGAUAAUUUGCUCAACCUCUGGAGGUUUUCCAGAGCCUCACCUCUCCUGGUUGGAAAAUGGAGAAGAAUUAAAUGCCAUCAACACAACAGUUUCCCAAGAUCCUGAAACUGAGCUCUAUACUGUUAGCAGCAAACUGGAUUUCAAUAUGACAACCAAUCACAGUUUCAUGUGUCUCAUCAAGUAUGGACAUUUAAGAGUGAAUCAGACCUUCAACUGGAAUACACCCAAGCAAGAGCAUUUUCCUGAUAACCUGCUCCCAUCCUGGGCCAUUACCCUAAUCUCAGUAAAUGGAAUUUUUGUGAUAUGCUGCCUGACCUACUGUUUUGCCCCAAGAUGCAGAGAGAGAAGAAGGAAUGAGACAUUGAGAAGGGAAAGUGUACGCCCUAUAUAACCGUAUCGGCAGAAGCAAGGGGCUGAAAAGAUCUGAAGGUCCGAGCUCCAUUUGCAAUUGACCUCUUCUGAGAACUUCUUCAGAUGGACAAGAUUACCCCACCUUGCCCUUUAUGUAUCUGUUCUUAGGUGCUUCUUCACUUCAGUUGCUUUGCAGGAAGUGUCUAGAGGAAUAUGGUGGGCACAGAAGUAGCUCUGGUGACCUUGAUCAACGGGUUUUUAAAUGCAGAAUUCUUGAGUUCUAGAAGGGACUUUAGAGAAUACCAGUGUUAUUAAUGACAAAGGCACUGAGGGCCAGGGAGGUGACCAGAAUUAUAAAGGCCAGAGCCAGAACCCAGAUGUCCUAACUCUGGUGCUCUUUCCCUUCAUCAGUUUGGCUGUGGCCUGUUAACUGGUGUAUACAUAUACAUGUCAGGCAAAGUGCUGCUGGAAGUAGAAUUUGUUCAAUAUCAGGUCAACUUCAGAGACUCAUUUCCUAAUGUCAGAGUAGAUUUUAUAUUGCUGUUUACAAAAGCCCAAUGCAAUGCAUAGGAAGUAUGGCAUGAAUAUCUUUAGAAGGCUAAUGGAAAUAUUAUUGUUUACCCAGUAUUCCAUUUUUUUCAUUGUGUUCUCUAUUGUUGCUCUCUCACUCCCCCAUGAGAUAAAGGAGAAAGUAGAACUAUCCAAAACUAAUUUCCUCUGACAUGUAAGAUGAAUGAUUUAUGUACCUCAAAGCAGUAGUCAAGGAGGAAAGGGAUAGUCCAAAGACUUAACUGGUUCAUAUUGGACUGAUAAUCUCUUUAAAUGGCUUUAUGCUAGUUUCACCUCAUUUGUAAACCAUUUAUGAGAAAGUUCUCAUUUAAAAUGAGAUUGUUGUUUACGGUGUACGCACUAAACAGUAAGCUAUCUUCAAAUGUCUAAGGUAGUAACUUUUCAUAUAGGGCCUCCUUAGAUCCCUAAGAUGGCUUUUCCUCCUUUUUAUUUCUGGGUCUUUCCGACAUCAGCAGAGAACUGGAAAGACAUAGCAAACUGCUGUCUAUGUUACUCAUGACUCCUUUCUCUAAAACUGCCUUCCACAAUUCACGAGACCAGAAGUGGAUGCUGUGGGGAAAAGAAAGAGAGAUCAGACUGUUAUUGUGUCUAUAUAGAAAGAAGUAGACAUAAGAGACUCUAUUUUCUGUAUUUGAGAUGCUGUUAAUCUGUGACCCCACCCCCAACCUUAUCCUUGCA